AUGUCCAAAAUAUUUUUCUCAAUGUUCUUCCACACAUUAUUAUUUGCAACUCUUGCAACCUCAACAUUUUCGACACUAACACCAAAUUACUAUGACUAUACUUGUCCCAACGCUUUGAACACCAUUCAAAGCGUUGUGAAAGCCGCGGUCCAAAAAGAAAAUCGAAUGGGUGCUUCUUUACUACGUUUGCACUUUCACGAUUGUUUUGUUAAUGGUUGCGAUGGUUCGAUUCUUCUAGACUCUACACCUUCCAUGGAUAGUGAGAAAAAUGCAAAUCCGAAUAUCAACUCGGCUAGAGGAUUUGAAGUGAUAGAUGAGAUCAAACAAGCUGUUGAUAAAGCAUGUGGAAAACCAGUUGUUUCUUGUGCAGAUAUAUUGACCGUAGCAGCUAGAGACUCCGUCGUCGCGUUAGGAGGACCAUCAUGGAAAGUGAAACUAGGAAGAAGAGACUCAAAGACGGCAAGUCGUGCCGAUGCCGAUGCAAACAUCCCGGGACCAUCUUUCAGCCAUGCUCAACUCCUCAAAAACUUCAAAAACCAUGGCCUAAACGAAAAAGACCUAGUUGCUCUAUCCGGAGCACACACUAUUGGAUUUUCGCGAUGUCUUUUAUUCAGGGAUCGAAUCUACAAUGAAAACAACAUCAAUUCUAACUUCGCGAAAGAGCUUCAAAACAUUUGUCCGAGAAACGGAGGAGACUCUAACCUCGCACCUCUGGACAGUGUUACACCGGCGAAAUUUGAUGUGGUUUAUUUCGCAGAUUUGAUUGAAAAGAAAGGUGUUCUUCAUUCUGAUCAGGUAUUGUUGAAUGGCGGUUAUUCUGGUGCCUUGGUUAGAAAAUAUAGUUAUGAUACUAGGGCUUUCUAUAAGGAUUUUGCAAAAUCUAUGAUUAAGAUGGGAAACAUUAAGCCACUUGUUGGAAAUCAAGGUGAAGUUCGUUACAACUGCAGGAAAGCCAAUUAA